AUGACAUUGCACAACACUGGUGUUAGUGGUGACCCUGGUGACCAUGGUGACACUGGUGACCCUGGUGACCAUGGUGACACUGGUGACCCUGGUGACCAUGGUGACACUGGUGACCAUGGUGACACUGGUGACCCUGGUGACACUGGUGUUAGUGGUGACCCUGGGGACACUGGUGUUAUGGACACUAUAGUGUUCUCUGCUCCCAAAGUGGAAUUAUCCUCGCCAUCCUGGGUAAAGGUACCAGUGGGCAAGAACGUCCAGUUGAACGUGACGCUGCUAAACUCACCCUACCCACCUCCCACUAUCUUCUGGUCUCACCAUAGGAUGCGGAUGACCACAAGCAAGGGAAGAUUACGCUUGUCCGGUGACCUCUUGCGGUUGGAAAUCCUCAAUGUGACCGUUACGGAUUCCGGCCAAUACACGGUAUCCGUGAGCAACUCUAAGGGCCGUCAGACGUUAGUCUUCUACCUUGCUGUUAUAGAACGUCCUGUUGUAGUGAAGCACUCCAGUCUAAACAACACAAGACUGCUCGGCCAGAGUAUUACAUUCAGCAUAGGACUGAAAAGUGCAGCACAUUCAACCCCAGUUUUCAGUGUAUUGCACAACGGACUCUUGAUCUUAAUCAUUCAACCUGGUCCGCAUCUCCUCUCAAAUAGUGUGUCCUUUCCUCUAACCCAAGUGAAGCGCACCGAUAGAGGAUCGUACACACUUGUUUUGAGCAAUACAGAAGGGUCGGCACACGUCACGUUUUUCCUGGAUGUUUACGUGCCCCCGGUUGUGGACACAGCCUCCGCCCUGAACACCACACGAGUGCUUGGUGAAAAUGCCACGUUUCACGUCACCCUGAAACACACACCCUAUCCCCUGGCCGAUAUCGUUUGGACGCACAAUGAAUCUCCAGUCAACACAAGCUCAGACAGGAUGCAAUUGUCCAGCGAUGGCGUAUCACUAAGAUUGACCAGCUUGACGCCCUCGGACGCGGGAGUUUACACCGUUUUGGUGAAGAACAGCUUAGGAUCUGACAACGUGACGUUCACAAUGGAUGUUCAGGUUCCUCCAAUUGUGGACACAUUCUCAACUCUGAACAGUACUAAGCUGAUCGCCGGAAACGUUUCGUUUACCGUUACCCUGAAGUACGCACCCAAACCUCUGCCAACCACCACAUGGCUGCACAACGGACUGCCGGUCGACACUAGUGGGAGCCGGGCAACGUUGUCUAGCAAUAGUUUGGCAAUGAGCUUGACAAAUCUAGCGGUCUCCGACAGAGGAAUGUACACAGUCUUGAUCAGGAACAGCAUAGGAUCUGAAAAAGUGAUCUUCCUUGUGGAUGUCCAGGUUCCUCCAGCGGUGGCCACAUUCUCAACCCUGAACACUACCAAACUAAGGGAUGAAAACAUCACGUUUCACGUCACCCUGAAACACACACCAUAUCCACUGGCUACUAUCGUAUGGAUGCACAAUGGAUUUCCGAUGAACACAAGCUCAGACAGGAUGCAAUUGUCCAGCAAUGGCUUGCGCUUGAGUCUCACAAUUUUGAUGCCCUCGGACAGGGGAGUUUAUACCAUCUUGAUAAAGAACGCUGCAGGAUCUGAUAGUGUGGCAUUCACCAUGGACGUUCAGGGUAAAUUCUGUUGA